AUGUGCAUACCCCGAGACCGAUGGCUGACCUUAACUCCCAGUUUCAGAUUGCUCCUGGCGCUCUCGUUUCUCGCAGAAGCCUGCGUGAAGCAUACCACUCAGGUGAGAGCCGUGCAGCCACGCGUGGCGAUCUGUCUCAUUGGCGGUGCCCGUCACUUUGAGCUCACAGCGACAUCCCUCAAGCGGCACGUCCUAUCAGCGUACCCAGCUUCGCACGCGUUCAUCAUCGCAUCACUGGAUGGGGACGCCAAGAAGCUCGCGCUGCUGGCGGCCCAUCCUGCUGUGGUGUCUGUGUCUGUGAGGCGGCAAGUGCGGAUCAAUGAGAGUCGCUUCCCCACUCACGUGCUGGCCGUGCCCAGUGUCCAGGGCCAGCUGCAUCAGUUUCUCAAAGUUGAGCAAUGUGUCACAGCCAUCAGGUCAUUCGAGCAUGACCAUCGGUUCAAGUACAAAUGGGUACUCUGGACUAGACUUGACACGUACUGGACCGCCCCUCCUCCACCGCUGGAUUUGCUUGAUCCAACGGCCUACAUUGUGCCAUGUGGCAGUCCGUGGGGUGGCCUCAAUGACCGCUUCGGCAUGGCUCGGCGGGACAUAGCGUUGGGCGCUUUGAAGCGCCUGUCAUCCCUCCACCAGCUAGCACAGGCCAACCUGUCCCAUCUAAACGGGGAGAAGGCCCUACAGCACCAGCUGCAGCUGCAAGGCAUAGCAGCCACGCCCUCUCCCCUGCCCUUCUGUGUGCUGUCCUUUCGCCGGAAGCUCUUCAGCGGCUACGUCUUUGCUCCGCUUCGUUCCGAGAGUGCUGCUGAUGGGGUUUCAUGUCGGCCCUGCCAUCCCAUGCCUGUGGAGGGGAGGUGCAACCCAUGGCGAGGGUACGAGCCAGGCUGGCAGCAUAUCUUCAUGGCAGCUGAAAUGGCUGCUGUUUCGCUGCACGCUUCCGCGGUCGUGGCUCCAGUGGCGUCGCUCUCUACGCUCCAAUCAUCUCGGGCUAUUGCAUCUUCGCAUCAAAUUUCGCGAGCGGGUCUCCGCGUCCCGUCACUAAGGAGCGCCAGCGUAAGGCCACGACGUGCCGCGAGGAUAACAUGCGAAGCGGCUGGGACCAAAGCAGCAGCAGGAGAGGUGACGGACGCGACAUUCAAGCAGCUGGUGCUUGAAAGCAACACGCCUGUGCUCGUGGACUUCUGGGCGCCCUGGUGCGGCCCCUGCCGCAUGAUCGCGCCUCUUAUCGACGAGCUGGCAGUGCAGUACGCAGGCAAGAUGGCCUGCUACAAGCUCAACACGGAUGACAGCCCUGGCGUGCCCACGGAGUACGGCAUUCGCAGCAUCCCCACCGUGCUGGUGUUCAAGGGCGGCAAGAAGGUGGAUGCGGUCAUUGGGGCAGUUCCCAAGGCUACUCUCGUGACCACUAUUGAGAAGUACCUGUAA